AAAGAGAAGGGGAGGGGUGAUAUAAAGGCUCGUUCCCUGUUGCUCGCUCCCAUUCCUUCUGCUUUUUUUUGAGUGGGUUUGAUUUGCAGGGGGUUCUCCAGUAUGAUAUUUUUGUUUACGGCCACCUUCGCCAUCCUGGCACUCUCCUCCCUGGACCAGGUGGAUUCUUCAGCCUAUGACAAGAUAGUCACACACAGUCGCAUCAGGGCUAAGAAAGAAGGGCCCAAUGUGUGUGCUUUACAGCAGGUCAUGGGGACAAAGAAAAAGUACUUCAGCACAUGCAGAAACUGGUACAAGAAAUCCAUCUGUGGCAAAGCGGCGAUGAUAUUAUAUGAGUGCUGCCCAGGUUAUAUGAAGUUAGACGGGAAGCGUGGAUGCCCUGCAGUGGCCCCUAUUGACAGUGUUUACGGCACCCUGGAUCUGGUGAAAGCCAAGAUCACCCAGCGAUACGCGGACCAAUCCAAACUGAGGGAAGAAAUCGAGGGAGCAGGAUCUUACACAAUGUUUGCACCCAGUGACGAUGCCUGGGAAGAUUUAGAUUCUGUAGCGAAAGCUGCCGUGGUCAACAGUGGAAACCUUGAGCUUUACAAUGCACUCCACUAUCACAUGGUCAACAAACGUCUUCUCACUAAGGACCUGAAGAAUGAUAUGACCCUGGAGUCCAUGUAUAACAAACAAGGCCUCUAUAUCAAUCACUACUCGAAUGGAGUUGUCACUGUGAACUGUGCCCGGAUCAUUCACGGCAACCAGGUGGCCACUAAUGGAGUUGUGCAUGUCAUUGAUCGGGUCAUCAGCGUCGUAAGCCAAACGAUAAAGGACGUGAUCGAAAACGAUGAUGAACUGUCUACGCUGAACACAGCUGCUGGGAAUUCGGGACUCCUGGCCCAGCUGGGUGAGCCCGGACACUACACACUUUUUGCUCCGACCAACGAGGCAUUUGAUAAACUAGACAGCAACACCCUUGAGAGACUUAUGAGUGACACUACUGUACUUCAAGCCCUGUUGAAGUACCACCUCCUGAACUCAGUGCAGUGCUCUGAGGCCAUUAUGGCGGGCUCAAUCUAUGGGACUCUUGAGGGCAGUAAUAUUGAGAUUGGAUGUGAUGGUGAGAGCCUUACAGUCAAUGGUAUCAAGAUGGUGCUGAAGAAGGACAUUGUCACCACCAAUGGGGUCAUUCAUUUGAUCGACCAGGUGCUCAUGCCUGACUCGGCCAAGCAGGUGAUGGAGCUUGUGGGCAAAUCUCAGAGCACGUUUGGUGACUUGGUGUCUGAGCUCGGCCUCUCUGCAGCCAUGCAGCCUGAGACUGAGUAUACUCUUCUCGCCCCACUGAAUCAAGCCUUUUCUGAUGAGGUAAUGUCCAUGGACCAGCGUCUCCUGAAGAUUAUUCUGGAAAACCACAUCCUGAAAUUCAAGGUCUCUCUGAAUGAACUCUACAGCGGCCAGCUGCUCGAGACCCUUGGAGGAAAGUUGCUCAGAGUCUUUAUUUAUCGCACGGCUGUGUGUAUUGAGAAUGCAUGUAUGGUCAGAGGUAGCAGAGAAGGAAGUAACGGAGUCCUUCAUCUCAUGAGGUCCCUGAUCCAGCCGCCCCAGUCAACCAUCUAUGAGCUGCUCUUGAAAGACGGACGAUUCAAAAUCUUUCUGUCUCUGAUGGAGAGUGCUAAACUAACAGACCUGCUGAAGCAGGAGGGAUCGUACACACUCUUUGCUCCUAUCGAUGCCGCCUUUGGCACCCUGACAGAGGAAGACAUCGCUCUUUUAAAAAGUGACAUCAACGCCCUCAGGGCAAUCCUGCUCUACCAUUUUAGUAAUGGCAUCUUUAUUAAUGGAGGACUGGAGGGUGGAGUGACUAAUCUUCUCAAGACCAUACAGGGCAACAACCUUCAAGUGCUUUCGGUUAACAACUCCAUCCAUGUAAAUUCAGUGGAGGUUCCAGAUUUUGAUCUUAUGGCAUCCAAUGGAGUGAUCCAUGUAGUGAAGACUAUAUUAUAUCCUCAAGAUCUGCCAGUUGGCCGUGAAGACAUAUUGAUUCUGCUGAGGAGACUCAUCAAAUACAUGCAACUGAAGUUUGUAUCUGGAUUCACCUAUCGUGAGAUACCACUUACAUUCAUGAAGAGGACUAUAACUACACAUGUCAUUGAGAGAGGUCCUGAGUUCAAGGUCACUAGGGUCAUUGAGCGUGAACCCAUUAAAUUUACACGAGUGAUUGAAGGAGAACCAAGCAUCACCAAAGUUACACGAGUGAUUGGAGAGACAAGUGUCACCAAAGGUACACGAGAGAUUGAAGGAGAACCAAGCAUCACCAAAGUUACAAGAGUGGUUGGAGAGCCAGUUGUCACCAAAGUUACUGGAGUGCUUGAAGGAGAACCAAACAUAACCAAAGUUACCAGAGUGGUUAAAGGAAAGCCAUCUGUUACAAAAGUCACAAGGGUCAUUGAAACUCACAGUGCCUCAUCUGAUGGUGAAAUUGAUGCUGAGGGAGAAAUCGAGAGUGAAGAUAUAACCAAGGAGAAGUUUCAGCGUGGUGACGUACAUAUCUUCCAGGAUGAAGACAUCAGACAAAUCACUGACACAAUCACUCAGGGAGGUGGACCAGGGAUCACCACCUUUACCAGAGUAAUCAAGAAAGAGUCUGAAGGUGCACCAGGGGAAACCACUAUUACUAGAGUAAUUAAACCAGAACCGCAGAUCAUUGAAGGACCAGAUUUCUCAAAGAUUGUAUCUUUGAAGGACAAUCCAGAACUCUUUGAAUCAGAAACAGAGAGAAUCACCAGAAUCAUCAAGGAGGGACGUUCUAAAAAACGAGCCGCCGUCAGACAACCGCAAGGAUUAAGACGAAGAGUGAGACUGGUCAGGCAUCACUCCAGACCCAGACAGUGAGAUGAAUGGAGGCUCUCUGUACCCGAAGAUCCAGCUUAAGUGAAAGUCAUUGUUGUAGAACAGUGUGUUUGUCCUGAAAAUACGUUUUUACUACAAACAGCAUUGAAUGAUUGCACAUUACAAACCAGUGCAGUAAUAUCUUGGAUCUGUGUAGCAAACACAAAAACCCACUUCAACUCCGAUAAGGGGUACUUGAAAUGGUGGUGGUUAGAAAGAAAGACAUUGGUCAUUUUUUUCCCAGCUGUUUAUAUUGUUUCUUUGAAUAUAUACUGUAUGAGCCUUGUCAUUGAGCUUGUCAUGCACAUGAUAUUUUGUGGUGCUUGCAUUCAGACACAUGAAUGCAUUUUUAUCUGAUCAGGAUCAGAAUAGCUUUGGCUGUUGUUUACCUUAAAUUAUGCAGCUUGUAACUUUCCAUCAUCCCGCUGAAGUUCAUUUUUAUGAAUUUAUUCAUGUAAAAAAAAAUUUAAUAGACAAAUCUUUACAUUGAAAUAAGCCUCAAUGGAGCUAAAAAAAAUAAAUAAAUAAAACAAUUUCUGCUUAAAACAACUCCACUUGUGAUUUUACUGUUUACCUCCAAAAAUUGUAACCCAUCUAUUCAUUUUUUUAAUCUGUGAUGCAACUAUUGUUUUAUGAAUCAUAUUAAAGGGAUAGUUUGCCAAAAAUGAAAA